UGUAAUGCCACCACAUGCUCCAAGCAGAGGAGAGGAGGUCUUUGCUCCCUGCAUCUGCCAGUGCCACUCUCUCCUCCCUAGUCCUUCCACUGAAUCAUUCAUCUCCUCCUUUGCUCUCUUCUCAAGGCAAAAGAGCACACUUGACUCUUGCCUCCCUCACCAUCCAAUCCCUCUGCUGUAGCUAGCUCCUCUCCCCUCUCUCUCCUCUCUCAUCGUCCUGAAGGCCAUGCCUUCUCUACUGUACUGCAGCAAGCCAUUGGCCAUGGUGUCGCUGCUACUCAUUGCUGCAUUGUGCCAUCUGGGUUCUUGCAAUGGAGGAGGACGAGGAGACAGGAUCACAAAGCUCCCUGGGCAACCCGAGGUGAGCUUUGGGCAGUAUUCAGGCUACAUUGGGGUGGAUGGCAAGGGAAGCAGGGCUCUCUUCUACUACUUUGUGGAGGCAGAGCUUGAUCCUAUCUCUAAGCCUCUUGUCCUCUGGCUCAAUGGAGGACCCGGCUGUUCUUCACUUGGUGUAGGGGCCUUCUCAGAGAAUGGCCCUUUCAGGCCUAGUGGGCAGGUGCUAGUGAAGAAUGAGUACAGCUGGAACAAAGAGGCCAAUGUUAUUUACCUGGAGACACCAGCUGGUGUUGGGUACUCCUACUCUGCCGAUGCUGCCUACUACCAGGGUGUGAAUGACAAGAUGACAGCAAUGGACAAUAUGGUGUUCAUGCAAAGGUGGCUUGAAAAGUUCCCACAGUACAAGGGCAGAGAGCUUUACAUUGCUGGAGAAAGCUAUGCAGGGCAUUACAUUCCACAACUUGCAGAGGUCAUGGUUGAGUUCAAUAAGAAUGAGAAAAUCUUCAACCUCAAAGGACUUGCUCUGGGCAAUCCUGUUCUUGAGUUCACCACUGACUUCAACUCAAGGGCAGAGUACUUCUGGUCCCAUGGCCUCAUCUCAGACUCAACAUACAGAAUUUUCACCUCUGUUUGCAACUACUCCCAGUAUGUCAGUGAGUACUACGGUGGAUCCCUGAGCCCGCUUUGCGCGAGGGUGAUGAACCAAGUGACCCGAGAGACGAGCCGGUUCGUGGACAAGUACGAUGUCACCCUCGAUGUCUGCUUGGCUUCAGUCCUCUCACAGUCAAUGAUCCUCUCCCCUCAUAGGCAUGUCGGGCAGCGCAUCGAUGUGUGUAUCGAGGAUGAGACGGUGAACUACUUGAACAGGAAGGAUGUUCAGGAAGCGCUGCAUGCGAAGCUCAUCGGCGUAAAAAAUUGGGCAGUUUGCAGCAGUGUUCUUCAGUACGAGCUCCUCAACUUGCAGAUUCCAACAAUCAACAUAGUGGGAUCACUUGUCAAGUCUGGCAUCCGGGUGCUAGUUUACAGUGGUGACCAAGACUCAGUGAUUCCUCUAACUGGGAGCAGGACGCUGGUGCAAAAUCUAGCGCACGAUCUCGGCCUCAAGACAAGCACCCCGUACCGAGUUUGGUUCGAAGGGAAGCAGGUUGGUGGAUGGACUCAGGUAUAUGGUGACAUGCUCUCCUUUGCCACCAUCAGAGGGGCUUCGCACGAGGCGCCAUUCUCGCAGCCCAAGCGUUCUCUCGUGCUCUACAGGGCAUUCCUACAAGGAAGGCCUCUGCCAGAAAACUUCUCAUGAUAAGAUGUUGCCUCUGCAGCUAUAUGGAAGGCGGGAAGGGGUUGCUGCUCCUGCUUCUGCAAGGGGUUUAGUUGUGUAAUAGUGUGUGUGUGUUUCCUUAGUUCUUCUACUUCUCCUUCCUGUCCGAAGCUGCUAUAAUCGCGCUGCUCUUCAGGUUUUGAUCGGUUGAUCCCUCUAUAUUUGAGGCUUGGCAAUUGUCCAAAGAAGUUUCAACGAAUUUUGUGCAUGCUCUUGUAUAUAAAUUAUUAUCUGCUGCUUGUGCAA